CUUCAAAGUUGAAAGAAGCCAUGAUGAUCUCAUUCACUAUGUUAGGGAGUAAAAUUUUAUGUUUAGAAUUUGACGGUCUCAAUUUUGUUAAUUAUUCCACCAUGAAAACAGUUAAAGUGUUUGAGAAGGUUGAAAAAUCAUUAAUUAUUGAUAAAGAAAGCUGCAAAAUCCUACCUUGGGUAGAGCAUGAAAGCACAUUGUUAGAAGUGACAUUUGCUUAGAAAUUGCAGAAGCAUUCAUUCAUUCAUUCAUUCCCCCUUAUUCAACUCCAUAUUUCUCCAUCUCUAAAAACUAAACAUUUUUCUUUUAUCAGCGCCAAUAAAGUUCAAAACUUGAAUGAAAAAUAGUUGAAAAGAAAUCAAAACCUUGUUAAAUGCAAUUACAUAUUCGAAUUUGAACUGUUUGACAAAACCCUUUUCUUUUUUUCUCUUUUUUUGGUACCCAUUUCAUGUGAUCUCAUAAAUUUGAUGCAAGAUGCUGAGAAGAUGAAGGAGGCAGGGGCAAAAAGCCGGAUCGAGUGCUACAAUUCUAGGGCUUUGUAUGACAGUAUGCUGAAAAUUCUUGAAAGGUUUCUGCAAGAAAAAAUAGAGGAAAAACGAGUGAAAAUUUUGGAUACAGAAGUGGAGAAUAGGCUUGAGAUAAUGAAGAAAUUACUAGUACAAAAUACGGGAAUAGACAACUUAGAAAUACAAGAAACCGACUGCAAGGACCUCAAAUUCAUAAACCGGAAUGAGGUCCACAACCAAAUUCACUCCGACAUUCAACAAAAAACUGGAAGGGAAGCUAUUAGUGUCCUGCAUUUGCCAACGGAAGGAGAAUCCUGUGAACAGAGUGAAGACAAGAAUGGUGUUUCCACUUCGGUGGCUGAUGAUUUUGUCAGGAUUCUAUCACAAGCUUAUAAGGAUGAUUUGGAUCUUCAUUCCAUUCCUUCUAUGACAUUUAAAAAUACAGUUGCAGCGAGAUUGGCCUUGCUUGAUGAGAUCAAGAAGGAAAAAUCAGCAGAUGAAGAGACAAUGGCAGAAAAGAUGAAGCAGUGUGUUUCUCAGGGAAAUUCUGAUAUUUUCGAUGUGAAGAUGGACAAUUCAUCAUCCUCUAAAAUUGCACUUGAGAAAUUGUCCUCUUUUGGUUGUUUCCAGGGCAGUACCAAAAUUAUAUUGAAGCUAACUCAGGCUUCACAGCCUCUGGAGGAUCAUGAUAACUUGUUGAGUCAAUGCACACAGGUUGAUUUCAGAAAGCUGAAACCUGAGUGGCUUGAAAGGUUUUUCAAGAGGACCUUCUUUGAGCCUUGCUCUGAACAUCCUAUUCGCCGAAAUGAGUUGAACAAGUAUUGUAUAGAUUGUGAUGCUUCUCUUUGCCAGUAUUGUGUGUCAUUAGCUUCCCAUGCAAACCAUAGACUCUUGAAGAUCUAUCGGCAUGUUUACAAGGAUGUGGUUCCAUUGGAUGAGAUAGAACGACAUAUUGAUUGUUCGCUAAUCCAGCCGUACAGGUGCAACAGGCAGCUGGUCAUAGCUUUGACUCCACUGCCACAUUCGGGGACAAAGACAAUUGAGGAGGCGACAUGCCAAACAUGCAAAAGAAAGCUGAUUGAAUAUGAUGUUUAUAGUUAUUGCUCCAUUUCAUGCAAGGUUGAAGCAUUCAUGAAAAAGCAAAAUGAUUUUGCUCCUCCAUUUCUGUUGCUUGAUCAAGUGGAAGAGAACCCAGAGCAAGAAUCAGCAGCGACGAAGACACGGAAGAGAAAGGGAAUACCUCAUCGUUCGCCAUUUUCUUGAAGUCCCUGCAAAGCUUUGCUCUUUAGUUUAGCCUAUAAUUCUGCAUGUUCAAACAUGCAAUGGUGAACUGCAUCUAAACAAGUCUUAAUGGAGCAUUAGCCUCCUGUAUGUAAUUGCAAAUAUGAAAUUCUAUGGAUUCCUUCAGCAUGGAACAGUCUUACUCUUAUUUCUUUCAUUGGUGAUGAUCUCAGCAAGAUCGAAGUUUUGUGUUUGGAAAGACCCUCUUCGUUGGAAUUCACUCAAUUAGCGGUCUUAUUAUGUCAAAACAUGAAUCUAGAAAUACAAUUUGUUCUUUGACGAUUUAUUAGCUA